UAUAGCGACGCUAUGAUAGAGAACUAAGGUGCUUUCAGUUUUGUUCGGACGACUAGGCUGAGUGUCUCUCCGCAUGCUCGGAAGUCUGAAGAUGUCCUCUGGGCGCAAGUCCUGUGCUUACCGGGAGGGUUUGAAGGACUAGCGCCGCCGCUAGCCCCGCUUCGUUCCGUCUUCUGCCUAACAGAAAAUUUGAAAAAAUGUUAUGCCAUCUCCAUGCAGAAAACAGUCCAGAUAUGGGGACUGUAUAUAUUCAGGAAAAUGGGCAGCUAUAUAGAUUAAAUCAGGCUUCAGGUGGAGCAAGCAAUCAUGUUUCAAAACCAAAGCCUUCAAGACUGUUUUCCAAAGGAUUCUCUGUUGAGCUUUGUAUGAACAAGGAAAAUGAUAAUGGAAGGACAGAUCACUUCAUCUUCACUUACACAAAGGAGGGAAAUCUCCGCUAUUCUGCUAAGUCUCUCUUCAGCCUAGUUCUGAGUUACAUUGUAGACAAUAUUCAUCAUGUUGAUUCACUGAUUGGUUUUCCAGAGCAGAUUGGAGAAAAACUUUUCUAUGCUGCAGAUGCAAGACAGAAGUUUACAGAUCCAAGAACAGGACUCAGAGCUUUGCAAAAAUUCACUGAUGCUUACGGAAGUUCAGUGCUUCAGAUACUAUGUUUGAAAAAUAGAUAUCUAGUUAUUUCGGAAAAACUUGAAGAAAUUAAAUCUUUCCGGGAUCUGACGUGUUUGGAUUUGUCAUGUUGUAAACUUGGAGACGACCAUGAGCUGCUAGAACAUAUUACCAAGGAGACACUGUCUAGUCUAAUCCAGCUUGUCCUGAAAGAUAAUUGCUUGUCAGAUGCUGGUCUUCGCAAAAUGACAGCUCCUGUUCGAGUGAUGAAAAAAGGCCUUGAAAAUCUUUCAAUACUAGAUUUGUCUUGUAAUCCAGGAAUCACGGAUAAAGGAGUUGGGUUCCUUCUUUCCUUCAAAAAGCUAAAUUACUUGGAUCUUUCUGCAACUGGCAUCGAGGACAUGAUGGCAGCAAUUCAGCGGAUCCAGACUCAAAUAGGUCUAGUUUAUUCAGAAGUGCCUUUGAAAGAAUUUGAUCAUAACUGCAAAACAGAGGGAUGGGCAGAGCAUACAGUUCUGCAAUGGGAGCAUGCCAUCCUAGAAGCAAUUAAACCACAAAGAAACUUGAAAUCUAGAACAGCAGCUCAACGUUUCUAUGGAAAAAGAGCCAGGAUCAAAGAACCUUGUGAGUCCCUUUUAGGAGAAGGGCAUAGAAAGACUUGUGAGAAUUUACAGUUUUACAAGGGAAGAGCACAGGUGUGCAGAUUCCCCUUGCUAAAAAAGAAGACUGACGAUAAAGAAGAAUUACAGAGUAAAAGGAUGCCUUCACUUGAACCCAAAAAGCAGAGGUUAAAAGCAAAGCAUCUGGGCCUUUUGAUGGAAGACCUGGACUUACUAAACUCUUACUGAUUCUGAUGGCAAAAUUACUCAGAGAUGCAUACAAAUAUCAAAAACAUUUUUUUAAAAAAACUGUAUGGUUGAAAUAUCAAUACUAGUAAUGAGAAACUUUCUACCUCCAGUGGGAAAGAACAAGAUUCUCACACAAGUAAUGAACUCAUUCCACUUUGAAAUGAAGCCUAUUUUUUUUCAAUAAACAGUUACCUUUUGACUAGUAUGAGGUAGGCAAAACAGUUCAGAAGACUCCUGGGGUACUCUCAUUUCAAAUAACUGUACAUCACCAACUUACAGCUGAAACAACAAAGGUCCUCUGUUGUGAAACUCUGUUCUUGAGGUGUUAAAUAUGAAACCUCUGCUGUCUGUCAUUGAAUGUUUUGGGCUGUUUUUAGACAUUCAAGCAGUCAUUUUCGGUGCUUGUCUCAGCUAGUAGUGAACCACCAUGUCUUAACUCAUCUAAAUGAAGCUACACUAACAGAAAAAGAUCAUUUGCUCUGUUUUUGUCAACAUCAUGUCCAAAAUACAGCACUAAAAAUUGAGAA